CGGCUUGCGGCUUUUGCGUGGGUUCCUGGCGGCCUCCACUGUGGCCUAGCUGUACGCAGAGCCAAGACCCAGCGAGUGACUGCAGGAGAACGAGCAUGACGCCCUCUGGUGGCGUAAGCAGACCCAGCACUUCCCCUGUCAGGAACUUCCCCAGUCACCGGCACUGCUAGACCCCAAAUCCUGCACCCUACAAACACAGUACAUACGAUCCUUGCAGGAAUGGCUCCCCGUGACCCCGGAGCGUAGGUAACAUGGGAAAAGCACGCGCAGCCUCCGGGCCGUGGGUACUCACCACUGCAGGUGUUCCGGUGAGGGGUCCACGGUCAGGCAGGUUUUAAGUCCAUCUGUCCUAAAACUUGCGCAAGCCCAAGAACUAGAAAGGAAAAUAAUCUAUUAAAAUGCAAGGUCAAGUGUACUCCAACUUUAACUGGUUUCAGAAUCUCUCAAAUCCAACCCGCUUUACAAGCUGACUUGCUGGGCUCUGUGGGAGUCCUGCUAUCUGGCUGCAGGAGAGUCUGAUGGAGAUAGAACUAUUAAUAUUUCAGCUUAUCUGCAGAAGAUGACUCACCCAGUUUCCUUCUGAAGUAUCUGAUCACCAUUGGCUAAGAAGAGAAAACAGAAUCAGCUGUUCACUGCAAAAGCUUUCAAGUUCAUCCAACUGGAGUUUCAUUCCGCCCUCUAGGACUGAUGGGGCAGUGGCCUUUGGGAACAAAAGCGGAGGCGUUCCUGUGAAAAAAGGAGGCGUUCCUGCACUCGCUAGAGCUCCCGUCUCAAGGCGUCUGACGUCAUCACGCACACACACCCAUGUCAGGUCAGGGCCGGCCCUGGCCUUGCCGCCAGCUGAUUGGCGAGCCCGGGCAUGGUCGAAGGUGCCAUUGGCUGGUGGCCGAUUGGGUCGCACCAUCUUCAAGGCACCUUCCCAGUAGAGAAGCUUCCCUUCCACGAGGCAGCUGGGCGUGCCGACCGUCCCAGCUGUGCACCUGGAGUCGCCAACACCCUCGUUCGGGGCCCAGUUCCGCAGCCGUUUCUUGAAACCUCCAGAGAGUUUUCCUGAGCCACGCGCCAGGGAGGUGGCACCACCGCGCGCCUGGCUGGCGCGGUCGUGACGUCAGGCUUACGCUAGUGGCGAUUGGCUGAGGAAAUGUGGCGCGGACGGGCAAUGGCGCGAGUGAUUGGACAUGCCGUUAGGGGGCGGUGUCUGAAGGCGGGGCUUGCUGCGAAGAGCGUUGAAAUACGGCGCACCUCAGCACUUCAAAGCGCUUCUAGCAGGAGUCUCCGUGUUCUAGGUCAGAUCAAACAUUCUGUCACAAUGCCAGAAAUAAAUACCAGCCAUCUCGAUGAACAACAAGUUCAACUUCUAGCAGAGAUGUGUAUUCUUAUUGAUGAAAAUGACAAUAAAAUUGGGGCUGACACCAAGAAAAACUGUCACCUGAAUGAAAACAUUGACAAAGGAUUAUUACAUCGAGCUUUUAGUGUCUUCUUAUUUAAUAGUGAAAAUAAGCUCCUGUUACAGCAGAGGUCAGAUGCUAAAAUUACCUUUCCAGGUUGUUUCACCAAUAGUUGCUGUAGUCAUCCAUUAAGUAAUCCAGGUGAACUUGAAGAAAACAACGCCAUUGGUGUCAAACGAGCUGCACAGAGGCGCUUAAAAGCUGAACUGGGAAUUCCCUUAGAAGAGGUUGAUCCAAAUGAAAUGCAUUAUCUAACACGAAUUUACUACAAGGCCCAAUCUGAUGGUAUCUGGGGUGAACAUGAAAUUGAUUAUAUUUUGUUUCUGAGGAAGAAUGUAACCUUGAAUCCAGAUCCCAAUGAGAUUAAAAGCUAUCUCUAUGUAUCAAAGGAAGAACUCAAAGAAAUUAUGAAGAAAGCAGCCAGUGGUGAAAUUAAGUUAACUCCAUGGUUUAAAAUUAUUGUAGACACUUUUCUCUUUAAAUGGUGGGAUAACUUAAACCAUUUGAGUCAGUUUGUUGACCAUAAGAAAAUACAUAGAAUGUGAAUAUGUAAAUGAAUUGAAAAUUUUUUCUACCUAGUAAGAAUGUUUUUUUGCUUUCUUUUGUUUUGAACUGGGCUCCCUUUUAUGAUACAUGGGUAUUUUACAACCAGAAUUUGUUUGAGAAAAAAACUCACUGACUUACAGUUUUGUAUUACCUAUCCCAUGUGUAUGCACUGAUGUUUGUAAAGGACAUUUAUGAGAGCUUAUUGUAAAAUUAUGCCAUAAAUAAAAGUUAAUUUAGCCUGUCUAAAUAUAUGACUAUGACACGAUUGAAGAAAAUAAGUAGAACUCUUCAUUUUUUACAUUUUGACAAACAUUUUCAGAACACUUUGCUAUUUGCCAAGUGUAUUUUUAUACCAUUAAAUUAUAUCAUUGUAAACGAA